GGCACUUAGCCCUGUCAUCGGAUUUAUCGGAAAAGCAACAUGCAGUAGACCAGCUGCUUCAGGAAUCGGACGAAUUGCGAAGUCAUAUGAUGGAAUCAUCCUGGCAGGGUGUCUUUUAGGCCGCGGAGAACUGUUCUUGCACAGGUUCACAGCAGUUGCCAAAUCCCAAUUUCUGGGGCAUCCAGUGGGUCACCUGUUAGCCCAUGUACUGACCAUAGCUAUUCUGCAGAUAGAUUCUUCUGAGCCUGGGCUGGUUGAUUACAAUACUGGCUCAUGCAUGUCAUAUACUGAGUUAAAAGAUAGCUCGGGCGAGGGUCUCCGUCUUGUUCCUCGACCCUGAUCACAGCAGAAAAACCAGGUGGUAUAUAAUGAUGUGGCUCUCCCAAGCUUGUAUCCAUAUAUGUCAAAGAUGUCACGUUCAAUCCCCACAUACUGUAGAGAGCUUCAAAUCUGCCGGGCCGGUACUCAGGACAUGGGCAGUAGAUCUGGACCCCGACGUCGGGUUUACCAGGUGCAGCAGGAGGCACGAUUGUCGAGAGGAAUGUCAAAAACCAGUUUACAGCACACGAAGCCCGGAACCAUAACUCCCAGGUAAGCAUCGCCAACUGGCCCGGAGACGUGCAGUACCCGAAGAAGGUGUUGAGUUGCGCAGGGAUGACCAGGUUACUCACGUUCUGGAAUGUCCAGUGCAGCGGUCGUGAGAUCUCGAGAUAUUCCAGGUGUGUGUACAAGCGCAGGUUCAGCUCACAGAACAAGACGAGCUCGUUGCUUCCGACCAUCGUGAGUAUGUUGAGCACGGAUGCGAAGGGCUGCAAACUCCUCGCCAUGAUGGAGAUCGUGUCUUGGCAUCCCAUCUGAUUCUGAAAAAGCCCGAGGUACGAGAGCUUCGGAUACCUCUCCUCGUCGAACGGUGUCAUCAAAGAGGAGUUGUACAGCAUGAGCCGCUCGAGAGCGGGUAGGUGCGGCCAAUGCGCGUUCCGGCAUGCAUGACUGUUGUACAAGACCAGCGACUGGAGGUGAGGUAGUUGAAAGUCGCGUCCCAGACGACAAAGCCAUAGCCCCGACAGGGACAAUUUCUGUAGUUUGUCAAAGGCUGGCUGACGCUGGACCAUGUGUAUCAGUCUGUACGACGACGGGAUGGUCGACUUGCGUGCAUCCAUUUCGGCACAAGAUACGGCCAGCCAAGCUACCUGAUGACACUGCGACAUUGCAGAAACGAGGUGAUGACGCGUGCGUUCCCUGCGACGGGCCUGCAUCUUCAGAAUGCUAUCGAGCCAUCGCGGUAUUCCCUUUCGCAACUUCUCGCCCAGUGCGAGGGAUCGAACGUGGUUGGCAAGGGCCGGAUUAUUGGUCACGGUCUGGACAAACAGAGAGAGCUUUUUGGGAGAGACCAAUAACGGCCUGCGAUACAGAUGUGGGACGCCGAUGCGGUACCAUGUCUGACAUACGAGAAUGAUUCGACUCAAGGCCGCCUGUGAUAUAGCAUACACUCCGUGAAUGCUUUCCGUUUCCAACGGAAGCGUUUCGUAAUAAACCCAACUUGGCACCUGUAAAGAAAGGGAUAUGAUUCCCUCGAGUAAUUCUUCCGGGAAAUGUUCCAUAGAGGUCGCAGGAGGAUGGGCAACAUCAGCGAAGUCUGAUUUGCGGCGUAGCGGUGUGAUCACCCGCUUCGACAGAUUGUCGCAGUACUCCCUGACCUUUCCAUGACGCAUGAUGGGCAGCACGAUGGAUCGUGUUCUUCAGAUUUCUGUGUGCUAUCGCGGAUGGUCGAAGACUGAGUGAGAGUGGGGGCAAAGGAGAACAUGCUGCGCCCUCAUGCCUCUUCAUGUCUUUAUAGGGCAACUAUCAAGCGCCCAAUCAAUCAGGCGCGGAAUCGAUGGGUUGGCGCAGCCGUAGUAACUCCGUGGCGACGCGCAGUGCACGACGGUGAUAGCCCGUAUGAGGGUUGCACGGGCAGUCAUCUGCACUGGCGUACGUGUGUAUCAUCGCCUCAGCAUCGCGUCCCUCAGAAAGGCGUCCAGACCGCAGGCUCUCAUUCGCGAACUGAGAUCUCGCCCGUGCUCGACCUCCUGGACGCCGAAGGGGCCGCUCAGCUUCCGGAGAGUCCGCCAAUCGCGGCCACCGCAAGCGCUGUCGGAGACCACCUCUGAUUCGAUUUUACGCACUUCCACCGCCUGCCAUCGCAGAGCUUUGAUAUCCUUCACGUAAGUCUUCACUGACGCCUCUUCUCCCUCCACGAGCAGCAUACCAGGCGUUCCGUGCUUGCAGACGCCAGUUAUCUCGAGCGCCUUGGCGCGAGAAUGAAUGAACUUGCGCUUCGUGGGCGAGCGGAUGUGAUGAAACCAAAGAAACGCUCGCAAGAUAGCAGGCAUCUUCCGCAGGCAGUCACUCCGAUAUAAGACCAGCUGUAGCCGACUUGAUAGCAUGCAAGUGGGACUAUAGCGAGAGGCUGGAAGCUGCUGGAAUAGAGUCGAAGUGCAAUAACGCGAAAGGGCCACGGCAAAGGACAAGUUCCAACUUACUUUCACGACCAUGGCUGAUCCCGCUGGAGGCCCGCUCAAACCCGUUGACGACACCGCGACCGCGAUUCUGCGGCCAAAGAAAUCGCCCAACCGUCUAGUGGUCGAUGAGGCGACGUCCGAUGAUAACUCUGUCGCCCACUUGAAUCCUGCAACGAUGGAGCUACUCCAACUCUUCCGCGGAGACACGAUCAUAGUUCGUGGCAAGAAGCGGCGCGAUACCGUCCUCAUCGUCCUCAGUUCCGAUGACGUCGAUGAAGGCAAGAUCCAGAUUAACAAGGUCGCCCGCAACAACCUGCGAGUGAAGCUCGGAGAUCUCGUCAAUGUGCACCAGUGCUUGGACAUCAAGUACGGAAAGCGGAUACACGUCCUCCCGUUCGACGACUCGAUCGAGGGUCUCUCCGGAAACCUGUUCGAGGUUUACCUUAAGCCCUAUUUCCUUGAAGCGUACCGCCCCGUACGCAAGGGCGACACCUUCCUCGUCCGCGGCGGCAUGAGGACAGUGGAAUUCAAGGUCAUCGAAACCGACCCCGCCGAAUACUGCAUCGUCGCCCAAGACACCGUUAUCCACACCGAGGGCGACCCGGUCAGGAGAGAAGACGAGGAGUCCAACCUCAACGACGUCGGCUACGACGAUAUCGGUGGCUGCCGUAAGCAGAUGGCGCAGAUCCGUGAACUGGUCGAACUCCCCCUCCGCCACCCUCAGCUAUUCAAGUCGAUCGGUAUCAAGCCGCCACGCGGUAUCCUUAUGUACGGCCCUCCCGGUACCGGUAAAACCCUAAUGGCACGAGCGGUCGCGAAUGAGACCGGUGCAUUCUUCUUCUUGAUCAAUGGUCCCGAGAUCAUGAGUAAGAUGGCGGGAGAGUCGGAGAGUAACCUGAGGAAAGCUUUCGAGGAGGCGGAAAAGAACUCGCCGUCAAUCAUCUUCAUCGAUGAAAUCGACUCUAUCGCGCCGAAGCGUGAAAAGACCAACGGCGAAGUCGAGCGCCGAGUCGUAUCUCAACUUCUUACCCUCAUGGACGGUUUGAAGGCCCGAUCGAAUGUCGUCGUCAUGGCCGCCACCAACAGGCCAAACUCCAUCGACCCUGCACUCCGUCGUUUCGGCCGUUUCGACCGCGAAGUCGAUAUCGGCAUCCCUGACCCUACCGGCCGUCUCGAGAUUCUUCGCAUCCACACGAAGAACAUGAAGCUCGCGGACGAUGUCGACCUCGAGCGCAUCGCUGCCGACACUCACGGUUACGUCGGUGCCGACUUGGCUUCGUUAUGCUCCGAAGCCGCCAUGCAGCAAAUCCGUGAGAAGAUGGACCUCAUCGACCUCGACGAAGACACCAUCGACGCCGAGGUUCUCGACUCGCUCGGCGUGACCAUGGACAACUUCCGCUUCGCGCUCGGCGUCUCGAACCCGUCGGCGCUUCGGGAGACCGUCGUCGAGGUGCCCACCGUCACCUGGAACGACAUCGGUGGUCUGGACAAGGUCAAGCAGGAGUUGCAGGAGACCGUGCAGUACCCUGUGGAGCACCCGGAGAAGUUCCUCAAGUACGGAAUGUCGCCUUCGAAGGGUGUAUUGUUCUACGGUCCUCCGGGUACCGGUAAGACCAUGUUGGCGAAGGCCAUCGCCAACGAGUGCCAGGCCAACUUCAUCUCGAUCAAGGGUCCUGAACUGUUGACCAUGUGGUUCGGUGAAUCCGAGGCUAACGUGCGCGACGUCUUCGACAAGGCUCGAGCCGCGGCGCCUUGUGUCAUGUUCUUCGACGAGUUGGACUCCAUCGCAAAGGCUCGUGGUGGAUCUAUGGGCGAUGCUGGUGGCGCCGGCGACCGUGUCCUCAACCAGAUCCUGACGGAAAUGGACGGUAUGAACGCCAAGAAGAAUGUCUUCAUCAUCGGUGCCACAAACAGGCCUGACCAGAUCGACCCCGCCCUCCUCCGUCCUGGUCGUCUCGACCAACUUAUCUACAUUCCCUUGCCAGACGAGGCCUCUCGGUUGGCCAUCCUCAAGGCCUGCUUGCGCAAAUCGCCCGUGGCGCCCGACGUCGACCUCAACUACCUUGCGAGGAAUACGCACGGCUUCUCCGGUGCUGAUCUCACCGAGAUCUGCCAGCGCGCAGCUAAGUGUGCGAUCCGCGAGAGUAUCGAGGCGGACGUCAAGAGGGAGCGGGAAAAGAAGGAGAAGGAGGAAGCUGCGGGCGACGACGCGAAGAUGGACGAGGCUGAGGAGGAGGAAGAGGAUCCGGUCGCGUACAUCACCAGGGACCACUUCGAGGAGGCCAUGAAGUUUGCUCGUCGGUCGGUCUCCGACGCCGACAUCCGGCGGUACGAGAUGUUCGCGCAGAACCUCCAACAGUCAAGGUCGUUCGGCUCGACCUUCAAGUUCCCCGAGGGCGGCGCGCCAGGUGCCAGCGGGGCCGCUCCGGCCGCCGCGAGCGGCAACGCAGGAUUCGGCGAGGACGCUGCGGACGACGACCUUUACGCAUGAAAACGUUGAGCGUCGUUCCGAUUUAGGUUGCAUGGCCCGCUUGCUGUUAUCGCAUUCAUGUCUGGCUCUCUCUCUCAUGUUAACACGAUUAGAACUGUAAGGACUGUAUAAUAUAUGACAUUUCAGCAUCA